CUAAGCCUCCUAAAAAUAAUUGAUGCUGUUGUAUCAUUUGCAGUUCAAAAACUGGGGACUUACAACCUCGUGGCAGGAGAAGGCGAUGGCCAUGGAUUUGCUAGUCUUCUGAAGGCUUGUGCUUGCAUAUGUAGAAAGGAUACCAAAUUCUACAAUGUAAGCAAGGAGAUCCAAUCACUCAAACAGCGAGUCAUGGAUCUCUCUCGCAAACGAGAGACUUAUGGCAUUAGAGAUAUCAAUAAUGCAGGAGAUGGGCCAACUAAUAUUCCAAACAAUCGGUCCAACAUGGUUAGAACAUUGAGGAGAACGGCCUCCUAUGUCGAUGAUCAGGAUCAGAUUUUCGUUGGCUUUCAGGAUGCCAUAGAAAGGUUGCUAGCUGAACUUCUCAAAGCAGAGCCUCACCAAAGUGUCAUCUCCAUUUAUGGUAUGGGCGGGUUAAGCAAGACUACUCUUGCUAGAAACCCCUACAACACACCGAGUCUACUCACUAACUUCACAACACGUACUUGGAUUUGUGUCUCUCAAGAGUAUAACACCCCAGAUCUCCUAGCUAGGGAUAUGGUGGACAAGUGCGGAGGUUUACCUCUUGCAAUUGUUGUAUUAAGUGGACUACUUUCGCAUAGAAGGGGGAUAGAAGAAUGGCAAAAGGUAAAGGCACACAUAUGGAGGCAUAUGAAAGAUGACUCUAUUGAAAUGUCCUACAUACUUUCCUUGAGCUACCAUGGCUUGCCAAUUGUGCUCAAGCAGUGUUUUCUUUACUUCGCCAUUUUUCCAGAAGCUAAUGAGACCGAUGCUGAACAGCUAAUGUUGUUGUGUAUGGCCAAGGGGUUCAUAUCAAGAGUAGAAGAAAGAAGGGAGGAUGUUGCUAAGGACUUCUUGAAUGAGCUGAUAAGACGAAGCUUGAUACAAGUGGUACGUACAUCUUGGGAAAAAGUUUAUAAAUGUAGGAUUCAUGAUCUACUUCGGGAUCUUGCCCUACAAAAGGCAUUGGAGGUACACUUCUUUGACAUUUAUGAUCCAAGAAAGCACUCUGUAUCCUCCGUUUGUCUCAGACAUGCCAUUCAUGAUGAAGCACAAAGGUGAAAGAGGAGGGGCAGUAUAUGGGAAAUUAAAAGGCAGAUGAGGAACUUCUGUCAAGCACAUCAAGACAUUAGCAUCGCAGAGAUUGAGAAUUAGAAGGAAUAAGCAUGUUCUGCAUCUUUACAGAUUAUCUCAACACUAUCAAUGAGAUUUUAUUUCAACCAUCGAUCAUUAUUGUUGCCUGAUUGGUUAACAAUAAGAUAUGGUUUUAUUUUUGUUUUGUUUUCUUGUUCUUACUUCUAAAAAUUUGGAGUGUUUGGAAUUGGUUUGAAGAGAAUUGUUUUUUGGAUUCUUGCUGAUUUAAUAUUUUGAGAGUUUUGCUUUGUUUCCGAAAGAGAAUACCUGUUUCAGAAAACAGACAAAAAUAAUUUGCCACAGCUUCUUGUUUGUCAUAACUAAGUGAGUAAUAUUAAGUAUGAGA